CCAGGGGUUCCUGGAAUAAGAGAUGUUAGUGUAAAGGUGACAGAUUUAAACCCCUAGCUGCCCUGCUCCAGCAUCUGAGGGUUUCAUUACAUUUCUACCCUUACAACUCCCCUGGGAGGGAACUGCCUGUCAUUUCCACGUGGGAAGACGGAUCCCAGGAGCAGUGCCCUGCCCUCAGCCCCAUUGUGCUGCAGGGUCUCUCUACCACAGUAGGCAGGGUGGAAUGGAGGGGGGGUACUCUUGGGGGGUGCCCAGAAACAUUUGAAAGAUGGGAUCAUCACAAGAUUGGGGAGGAAGCUGGUCCCCCCAGUCAAAAGUGACCAUGGGAGUUCAAGGAGGAGGAGCCCUUCUUGCUGGGAGAAGAGGUCCUGCCUUAAGAAGUCAAGGAGGCCAGGCGUGGUGGUUCACACCUGUAACCCCAGCACUUUGGGAGACUGAGGCAGGAGGAUAGCUUGAGUUCAGGAAUUUGAGACUAACCCGAGCAAUGUUGUGACACCCUGUCCUUACAAAAAGUGGAAAAAAUAUUAGUUGAGCAUGGUGGGGUGUGCCUGUAGUCCCAGCUACUCAGGAGGCUGAGUUGGGAGGAUCACUUGAGCCUGGGAGUUUGAGGCUGCAGUGAGCUGUGAUGGAGCCACUGCACUCAGCCUGGGUGGCAGAGUGAAACCCUGCCUCAAAAAAAAAAAAAAAAGUCUGGUUGAGGUGCCUCACGCCUAUAAUCCCAGCACUUUGGGAGGCUGAGGCAGGUGGAUCACCUGAGGUCGGGAGUUUGAGACUAGCCAUGACCAACAUGGAGAAACCCCAUCUCUGCUAAAAAUACAAAAUUAACUGGGCAUGGUGGUACGCACCUGUGAUCCCAGCUACUGGGGAGGCUGAGGCAGGAGAAUCACUUGAGCCCAGGAGGUGGGAGUUGCCGUGAGCUGAGAUCACGUCACUGCACUCCAGCUUGGGCAACAAGAGCCAAACUCAGUCUUAAAAGAAAAAAGUCAGGGAGCUGGGGUGGGGGCAAGUGGGUGAGGCCACAUGGCAGACCCUUCUGCAUGACAUUUUACAGCACAGGAACCCCACCCCACCCCCAUUCCUUCCCCCAGAGACACAUCCUUAAACCCUGCUGGGCAGGGAAACUUGGCCCUGCCAGGAACCUGUCACUUAACCCUGGACAGUUCCUCCUUCCCUCCGCACCUCAGCGCUCCCUGUCAGACGGGCCACCCUGCAGCUCUGUGGGGUUGUUGGAGAAUCAGAUGACAUCAUGUAAUGGUUGGCCAUCUGUGGAGCGCUUCAGAACUUCAGCAAACAUUCCAUGAGGACGUCGUGGUGCCGGGGGUGCCAGGGAGGGAAAAGGAUGAUUCAGAAGCACCCCCCCCUCCACCAUCCAGGGGGAGGAGUUAGGGUUGGGGGAGGAUCAGAUGGUGGGAAGGGAAGAGAAUGCAGUCCAGUAACAAAGCAAGCUUUGUCCUAUUGCCUUCUUUGUUCUGAUUUGUUAUUUAACCUAUUUUGAAUUUCAAAUAACAUCCGAAGGGCAGUAUUGAGAUGUUUAUGCUUGGAGGAGGCAGCAGUGGUUUAUAAAAAAGGAAGCCGGCUGAGCCACAGAUGUAGGUGUUCUUGUUAAGGAUCAUGAUUGACGUUGAUCAGCUGAGGUCCCAGGUCUGUGUAGGAAACCACCCUGGGCAGGAGAGAAGCUGACCCCCUUGGGGGUGCUUUCUCUGUGCUUGAACAUCUACAGCUGCUUCUGAGGGGCUGGGAGCCGGGCCCCGGGGAGAGACGAGCCAUGGAGCCCCCACAGCCUCAGCAUUCAGGGACCUCACCUUAGGAGAGCGUCAUCCACAGCUUCCUCCAGGGCAAAGGAGCUGAGCACCGGUCCCCAGCGCAACCCACCUCCCUCCCCCAGCCCCUGGUGGGCAUGGACUAGUGGCUGUGAGCCGCCAGAGCUGAUGCCUGGCCCCCAGGGGGGCGGAGGCGCCCCCACUAUGAGCCUGGGCAAGCUCUCACCUGUGGGCUGGGUGUCCAGUUCCCAGGGAAAGAGGCGGCUGACUGCAGACAUGAUCAGCCCCCCACUCGGGGACUUCCGCCACACCAUGCACGUGGGCCGUGGCGGAGACGUCUUUGGGGACACCUCCUUCCUCAGCAACCAUGGUGGCAGCUCCGGGGGCACCCAUCGCUCACCCCGCAGCUUCCUGGCCAAGAAGCUGCAGCUGGUGCGGAGGGUGGGGGCGCUCCCCCGGAGGAUGGCGUCUCCACCUGCGCCCUCACCGGCUCCACCAGCCAUCUCCCCCAUCAUCAAGAACGCCAUCUCCCUGCCUCAGCUCAACCAGGCCGCCUACGACAGCCUCGUGGUUGGCAAGCUCAGUUUCGACGGCAGCCCUGCCAGCUCCACAGAUGGCCGCUCCAGCUACGGCCUGGACUCUGGGUUCUGCACAAUCUCCCGCCUGCCCCGCUCAGAAAAGCCGCAUGACGGAGACCGGGAUGGUUCCUUCCCCUCUGAGCCGGGGCUCCGCCGCUCUGACUCUCUCUUGUCCUUCCGCCUGGACCUCGACCUUGGGCCCUCGCUCCUCAGCGAGCUGCUGGGGGUCAUGAGCCUCCCGGAAACCCCUGCAGCUGAGACCCCAGCCCCUGCUGCAAACCCCUCAGCUCCUGCUGCAAACCCCCUACCCCCUCCUGCAAACUCCCCGGCUCCUACUGCAAACCUCCCAGCCCCUGCCGCAAGCUCCACACCCCGUGGACGCUGUCCCAAUGGGGUAACAGCCGGGUUGGGCCCAGUGGUGGAGGUGAAGGCCAGCCCAGUGGGAGGGGGUCCCCGAGGACCUGCUGACCCAGCCCUCAGCAGGCACUGGGGAGCAGGCUGGGGUGGUGACCUCCAUUACCCAUAUACGCGGCAGGAGCGAGUGGAGGUGCUACCCCAAGCCCGGGCCUCCUGGGAGAGCCUGGACAAAGAGUGGAGGGCACCCCAGGUGGGCACCAGGACCCCGGUGCCCAGCACAGUGCAAACACACACCUUCGAAUUUGCGGAUGCUGAAGAGGAUGAUGAGGUCAAGGUUUGAGGGACUGGGGCCUGUUCUCAGGGCCCCACCUAGGUGCAGAGCCAGCCCCUCACCUAACAGCUGAUUCCUGCCACACCAGAGAGGGGAGAAGCCGAGUUGCCCCAAGUUCCUCCCCGCCUCUGCAGGACAGAUGUGGGAGAAAGGACAGGGACAGCCAGGCUUGCUCUGGGACUUGGAAGCUCCCAGGGGCCUGCCAGGCUGACCACCUCCCCCCACUGCCACUCUGGACCUAAUAGCUGUUCCUUCGGCCCCACCCCAUGCCACCCCCACCAGCUGGAGGGGCCAGCCUCACAGUGUGGCCUUUGUGCCAGACCAAGCUGUCCGUGUGGGGUGGGGGGCAGGGAGUAUACCACACAAGGCCAUUGUCUCACCUCCCAAAGGGACCGCCUGCCCCCAGCUCAUCCCAGAGUGUCCCCACUGCAACUGUGACAGCCCUAUCCCAGGCCACUUUCCCAGCCUCCCAGUUAUCCCAGGAAGGUCAGGUAUGAGCUCACGGGGAGAAAUCCCACCUGCCUGUAUACUCCAGACCUGCCUCUGGGACCUGAUUAAAUAAGGCUGUUUUGAUAAAA